AUGAUUGAUUUAAGCAAUCUUAACAAAAUCAAGAUUGAUUUAAAUGAAGAAACAGUUUGGGUUCAAGCAGGGACCACUCUUGGCCAGCUUUACUAUGCAAUUGCCAAGAAAAGUAAAGUCCAUGGAUUUCCAGGCGGUGUCUGCUUUAGUAUUGGCACUGGUGGAAUCAUCAGUGGUGGUGGCCUCGGUGCAUUGUUUAGGAAAUUCGGUCUAGCAGCAGAUAAUGUUGUAGACGCUCGCGUAAUGAAUGUAAAAGGAAAAAUUCUUGAUAGAAAGAAAAUGAAAGAAGAUUUUUUUUGGGCGUUGAGAGGAGGCGGAGGAAGCAAGUUUCGGAAGUUAGAGGGUAACCGAAAUCUCCUCCAAAAAUGGGAAAACAUAUCACAUCAGCUCCCUGAAGAUUUGUUCAUCAGAGCUAUUAUUCAAAAUGGUGGAUCAUCAGCAGGAAAUGAUGUUGAAAAGUAUGUGGAAUUCUAUUUUCAGGCACAAUAUGUUGGGCCUGUUGAUGAGUUAAUUCCUCUGCUCAAACAAUAUUUCCCUGAGUUUAAUUUAACGCGAAAAGAUUGCUUCCAAGAGAGUACUACUGCUGAUGCAGAGAAAGAAUGCUAUGAAGUUCCUUGGAUCGGUGAAAAAUUAUUACAAAGGGACAUCUGA